CCUUGACCCAGGUCUGCUGAUAAGGGUGAGGAGAAUUCAGGCCAGGGUCCCCCCGGUAAUGUCCCUUCACUCUCCAGAGCCCGAGCUUCGCUACCCAGACAAGUCCGGGAGAAGGUCAGACUUGAGACAGACGUGUCGCAAUGGUUGUAGUGGUGGGCUCUGGCAGCGGAGUCUGCAACCCUGUCUUGGGGAACUGGAAUUGGAAUGAAACCCAGUCACUGGGACUCCAGAUGUCCAGCCUAUGCCUCAUGAAUGCAGCUGUGGCCUGGCUCCCCUCAGUCUAUCUGUGGGUCAUUAGCCCCUUCUACUUCCUCUACCUUCGCUACAACAACAAGGGCUACAUCCGGAUGUCAUGCCUCUUCAAAACUAAAAUGGUGCUUGGCUUCACCUUGGUCCUCCUAUGUUUUUCUAACAUAAUCUUCACUCUUUGGAAAAUCAAAAAAGGAAUCCCUCAAGCUCCUGAAUUCCUGAUUAAUCCUACAGUGUGGCUCAUCACCAUGAUCCUGGCAAUUUUCCUGAUCCAUUUGGAGAGAAGGAGGGGGAUCCAGUCAUCAGGAGUGCUAUUUAUUUACUGGCUGCUCUGCUCCUUCUCCAUGGCGGUCACAGUCAGUGCCACCGUACACCAAGCCCUACAAGGAGGCUUUCCAGAAGACACUUUCCGCCACCUCAUAACCUAUUUUCAUUCAGCUUUGAUUGGUGCACAGUUUGUAUUAUCCUUCCUAGCAGACCAGCCUCCAUUCUUCUCAAAGAUUAUGCAUGACUCCAAUCCAUGUCCUGAAUCUGGAGCCUCAUUUCCUUCUAAAGUCACAUUCUGGUGGUUUUCUAGGCUAGUGUGGCAGGGCUACAGGAAGCCCUUAGAAAUGGAUGACCUUUGGUCACUUGGAAAAGAAAAUUCAUCAGAGGAAAUCAUAUCCCGACUUGAAAGUGAAUGGAAGAGGAUUUGUAAUGAAACCCAACAGACCAAAGAGGAGAUGGGAUUUGAAAGGGGUGGAGGAAACAGAGCUGAACCAGCACUCCCUCCAGAGACUGAAACUUUCCUGCAGGGGCAUCAGAGUCCCAGAUUCCCUUUGCUGAAGGCGAUUUGGAAAGUGUUUAAUGGCACCUUCCUCCUUGGAACUCUCAGCUUAAUCGUCUGCGAUGUCUUCAGAUUUGCCGUCCCAAAGAUACUGAGCUUUUUCCUAGAGUUCAUCAGUGAUCCUGAGGCUCCAGCCUGGAAGGGCUAUUUCUAUGCAGUACUACUCUUCCUUUCUGCCUGCCUGCAAACCCUGUUUGAGCAACGCCACAUGUAUGUGUGCAUGGUCCUGGAGAUAAGACUGCGGACAGCUGUGAUGGGUCUGGUGUACAGGAAGGUUUUGGCUCUCUCAAAUGCUAUGCGGAAAACUGCUGCAGUGGGAGAGAUCAUCAAUCUGGUGUCUGUGGAUGUACAGCGGUUGAUGGAUGCUGUAUUGUAUCUGAAUGGUCUGUGGCUUCCAGUCAUCUGGAUUAUCAUCUGCUUCACAUUCCUUUGGCAGCUCUUAGGUCCAUCUGCUCUGACAGCCAUCGCUGUCUUCCUCAUCCUUCUCCCCUUGAAUUUCAUCAUCACCAAGAAAAGGAGCUGUUUUCAGGAAGAGCAGAUGCAGCACAAAGACCGCCGAGCCCGGCUGACGGAUUCCAUCCUCAGGAACAUGAAAAUCAUCAAGUUCCACGGCUGGGAGGAAGCUUUUAUGGAGAAGAUCCUAACCAUUCGAAAAGGAGAACUUCAGGCUUUGAAGAACUCUGGAUUUCUCUUCGCAGUGUCUCUGGUGUCCUUCCACUUGUCCACAUUUCUGGUUGCCCUGGUCAUGUUUGCUGUGCAUGCCCUGACAGAUGAAAAGCAUGUCCUGGAUGCUGAAAAAGCUUUUGUGGCUCUGACAAUCAUCAAUAUUCUCAAUAGGGCCCAGGCUUUCCUGCCAUUUUCCAUCAAUACCAUCUUUCAGGCCUGGGUUUCCUUGGCCCGCCUAGCUGCCUUCCUCCAUCUGGAAGAGGUAGAGCCCAGAGCAAUCAGCACAACUCCUGUGGGGGAGGAAAGCAUCUCUGUCCAAGAUGGCACCUUUGCAUGGUCCCAGGAAAAUUCUCCCUGCCUUCAAAGAAUAAAUUUGGUGGUGCCACGGGGUUCCUUCUUUGCUGUAACUGGUCCAGUGGGUUCAGGGAAAUCCUCAUUGCUAUCAGCGAUCCUGGGAGAACUGACCAAGUUGGAGGGAAAUGUAAACAUUAAGGGCUCAGUGGCUUAUGUGCCCCAAGAAGCCUGGAUCCAGAAUGCUUCAGUGGAAGAGAACGUGUGCUUCGGACAGGAGCUGAAUAUGCCGUGGUUAGACAGAGUUCUGGAAGCUUGUGCACUGCCUCCAGACCUUGCAAGUUUUCCUGCUGGAAUUCACACAGAGAUAGGCGAACAGGGCAUCAACCUUUCUGGAGGCCAGAAGCAGAGACUGAGUCUGGCUCGUGCUGUGUACAAGAAAGCAGCUAUCUACCUGCUAGAUGACCCUCUUGCAGCCUUGGAUGCUCAUGUUGGCCAGCAUAUCUUUGACCGUGUCAUUGGGCCAGGAGGAUUGCUCCAUGGAACGACUCGUAUUCUUGUGACCCAUGCAGUCCACAUCCUUCCACAGGCUGAUUACAUCAUUAUGAUGGCGGAUGGAGCAGUGGUUGAGAGUGGCUCCUAUCAGGAGCUACUACAAAGGAAUGGCCCUUUUACAGACUUCUUGGGCCAGUCCAAACAGGAAGAGGCCAAUGCCAGCCAGGAAGUUAAGAGCUCCAGGAACAUCUCUGAAAGUGAAGCAUCUACAAACAAGACGGACAGCUUCAUCAAGGACUCCCCUGAAAAGGGCAGGACAACCCUACAGAGCCGGGCUGAGGGCACCAAGAUGGCAGGACAGCUGACUGAAGGGGACAGAGUUCACUAUGGCAGGGUGAACGCCACUCUGUACCUGGCCUACCUGAGGGCAGUGGGGAUGCCCAUCUGCCUCUCUGUGGUGUUUUUAUUCCUCUGUCAGCAAAUGAUCUCAUCCUCGCGCGGUUACUGGCUCAGUCUUUGGGCGGAUGAUCCAGUUGUGAACGGGACCCAGCAGCACACAGGACUUCGGGUCGGGGUCUUUGGGCUCCUAGGCUGUCUCCAAGCCAUCGGAAGGUUUGGUUCCAUUGCGGUUGUCUUGCUGGGAGGAGUUCAGGCGUCACAAUGGCUGUUUCAAGGGCUCCUGCGUGAAGUGUCCCGAUCCCCCAUGACCUUCUUUGAGCAGACUCCGAUAGGAAAUUUGCUCAAUCGCUUCUCUAAGGAGACCGAUGCCGUCGAUGCUGUGAUCCCAGACAAGUUCAAGUCCUUCUUAGGCUUCCUAUUUGGGCUUCUAGAAGUCAUAGUGGUGGUAGUGGUGGCUACUCCAUUAGCUGCUGUCAUGGUUCUGCCCCUCAUGGCUCUCUACGUUGGGUUGCAGGUAUGGAAUACAGUGGAGAUACAAUUCCAAGAAAGGAAUGGGAGGCAGAACACUGUCUUACACAUCAUUCAUCUGUCCUGGUCCAUUAGGAUAUUGUUCUCUCCAUCUAAGCAAGGCUCUUUCACAUUGAUGGGUUCUCAUCUGUUCAUUCCUUCAGUCAGUGCCCAGCUGAGGCGCUUGGAGUCAGCUAGCCGCUCACCCAUCUACUCCCACAUCUCAGAGACGUUCCAAGGGAAUGCUGUGAUCCGGGCCUUCCAGGCUCAGGACCAGUUUAUUGCACAAAAUGACUCUCGAAUCGAUGAGCACCAGAGAGCCAGCUUCCCCAGACUGGUCGCAGAUAGGUGGCUAGCAACCAAUAUGGAGCUCCUAGGAAACGUUCUCAUCUUUGCUGCCGCUUUCUUCGCUGUGCUCAGCAAGCCCUACCUCAGGCCAGGGAUCGUGGGGUUUUCCGUUCAGUGGCUCUACAGGUACUCCUUCGACCUUAUCUGUUUCAGUGUAGGCCAGAAGCAGCUCUUAUGUCUGGCCAGGGCCCUACUCCGGAGAAACCAAAUCCUUUUCCUGGAUGAAGCCACAGCUGCUGUGGAUCCUCAGAAUGACCUCCAGAUCCAGGCAAUCCUCAGAGAUCGGUUUGCAGAAUGCACCGUGCUGACCAUCGCCCACCGUCUGCACACGGUGAUAGAUUGCAACAGGAUUCUGGUCAUGGACAAUGGAGCAGUGGCAGAAUUCGGUACCCCAGCCCAGCUGCUAGCUCAGAGGGGACUCUUCUACAGAUUGGCAGAGGAGUCGGGCCUCUGUGAUCAAGUUCUAGAGCGAUAGGCACAAUCCAGGAUGGACUCCCGCUGGGCCUCAAUCUGAACGCCUGCCAAGCGGGACCAGCCUGCUAAGGCACGAUGUACCAGGGGAUGGGGAGAAGAGGGAGCCAUGUCCCAGGCAGCUUGAGCCGAUGGUCACUCAUUCAGAGUUGAGCCCCCGCGGAUUUUGGUGUCCCACAGAUUCAGAUGGAUGGCUCCGGGGCUACUGGAUCAUUUCACUAGACCGUUCAUUCUUUGCACCCAAGUGCAGGAUCAGAGCACAACUAAUAUCAGGGCAGGAGCGGGGCACGAAGGAGCCCAGCCCUGGCCCUCUCACAGGCAAUACAGCCCCUGUUCACUCUCCACCACUCAAUUUCCUGCCACCUGCUGCCCUCCCACGUGGGUGUUCUGAAUAAAGUGCCUGCAGCAUGCUGA